AUGGGAGAGGCGGCACUAGAGGACCAUCUGCUCUUGGAGGUGACACAUGAAGGCCAAGCCAUGGCAUCUUAUCAAGCUGUGUCUCUGCCAGAGGACGCAAGCCCACUUGUUCCUCCUGUGAUCUCAAGGGGCCAAUGCGUCCUCCGAGUUUGGAGAGCUCCCGGGCGCCAGGAACGUCAGUGCUGUCGUACUCUUGAGAACAGAAUGCGCGCCAUCUGUCCAACCCUUCUCCCCUCUCUCCCUGCCUGCCAAUUCACGGGGUGGGUGCGAGCCUGCCCAGGGGCUGGCAGCCCCACUUCCAGACAAGCAGAGGACCUGAUCGUCUCCUUCCAAACCGCUGUUAUUACUGUCUUUCCAGGAUUCUCCUCCGAGAUCCAGAACCCAAACAGCGCAGAGACAGACGGUGAGCUGACGGUAGCUCCCACACCUGAACAGCCUGAGGGAGGGGUCCGCUUUGUGAGCACAGCCCCGACCCUGAAACUGCUCAACCAUCACCCGCUGCUGGAGGAGUUUCUGCAGGACACCCAGGCAAAAGAGGAGGAGCUGAAGCCGGCUCCCUUCCCAAAUCGAGGGCCGGUCCCCUUCCAGCCUGAUGCACCAACGCUCUUCGUCCCCAGCCCUCUGGUCCAUCUGGCCCACCAAGACGACCGUCCCGUCUUUACCCAUCCCACCCCAGCCAUGGCUCCGGGCCCCACGUACACCUUGGGGAGGGACAGGGCUCAGAGUCCAGAGCCUGCACGGCCCACUCUGCCCAUUACAGCGGCCCCCCCGCCAGGGCCGGAAGGAGCUGUACCGUCUUUGGCCCGGGCUGAAGUGCCCGUGACAGCACCUCCCAGAAGCGCGUGGAUGGUGACCCAUGACGUGCCCGUGGACCUGGCCCAGCCCUGGGUCCCAGAGGUCAUGCCCCCUCGGGCCAGAGAGCCAGGAGUAGGGAUUCCUGCCGCCACUACCGCCUCGGGGGACGAUGAGGAAACCACCACCACCACCAUCAUCACAACGACCACCAUCACCACCGUGCAGCCGCCAGCUCCUUGUAGCUGGAAUUUCACCAGGCCUCAGGGCUCUCUGAACUCUCCAGAAGGACCCAGUUCAUCGGAUGACAUCAGCCUGGAUUGUUUCUACUACAUCACCGUCUAUCCUGGCUAUGGUGUAGAGAUUAAGGUCCAGAACAUCAGCCUGCUGGAGGGCGAGACAGUGACGGUUGAAGGUAUGGGAGGCCCUGAGCCAUUGCCCCUGGCCAACCAAUCAUUCCUGCUCCCAGGCCAGAUCAUUCGAAGCCCCACCAACCAGGUGGCCAUGAGGUUCCAGAGCCUCCUGCCACCCUCAGGACCUGGGACCUUCCACUUCCGAUACCAAGCUUACCUGCUGAGCUGCGGCUUUCCCCAGCGCCCAGCCUACGGGGACGCGGCCGUCACGAGUCUCCACCCCGGUGGCAAGGCCCGCUUCCACUGCACGACUGGCUACCAGCUGCAGGGCGCCAGAGUCCUCACUUGUCUCAAUGCCACCCGGCCGUUCUGGGACUCCCGGGAGCCCACCUGCAUCGCCGCGUGUGGAGGGGUGAUCCGGAACGCCACGACUGGCCGCAUCGUGUCCCCCGGCUUCCCCGGGAACUACAGUAACAACCUCACCUGUCACUGGCUGCUGGAGGCUCCGACGGGGCAACGCUUGCACCUCCACUUUGAGAAGGUCUCCCUGGCAGAAGAUGAUGACAGACUCACCAUCCGAAAUGGAGACACAGUAGAGGCCCCCCCCGUGUACGACUCCUACGAGGUUGAAUAUCUGCCCAUCGAGGGCUUGCUCAGUGCCGGCCGCCAUUUCUUCGUGGAGCUCACUACAGACAGCAGCGGGGCGGCAGCAGGCGUGGCACUGCGCUAUGAGGCCUUUCAACAGGGCCACUGUUAUGAGCCCUUCGUGAAAUACGGCAACUUCAGCAGCAGCGCCGCCUCCUACCCUGUGGGCACCACGGUGGAGUUCAGCUGUGACCCUGGCUAUACCCUGGAACAGGGAUCCAUCAUCAUUGAGUGCAUUGACCCCCAUGACCCCCAGUGGAACGAGACUGAGCCUGCCUGUCGAGCUGUGUGUAGUGGGGAGAUCACAGACUCCGCUGGCGUGGUGCUCUCACCCAACUGGCCGGAGCCCUAUGGCAAGGGACAGGACUGCAUCUGGGGUCUGCACGUGGAAGAGGAUAAACGUAUCAUGCUGGACAUCCGUGUGCUUCGGAUCGGCCAAGGAGACGUGCUGACCUUCUAUGACGGGGACGAUCUAACUGCCCGGGUGCUGGGGCAGUACUCGGGAACCCACAGACACUUCAAGCUGUUCACCUCCAUGGCGGACGUCACCAUCCAGUUCCAGUCAGACCCCGGGGCCUCUGCCGUGGGCUACCAGCAGGGGUUUGUCAUCCACUUCUUUGAGGUGCCCCGCAACGACACGUGCCCAGAGCUGCCCGAGAUCCCCAAUGGCUGGAAGAGCCCGUCCCAACCUGAGCUGGUCCAUGGCACUGUGGUCACCUUCCAGUGCUACCCUGGCUUCGAAGUGACUGGAGCCAACACCCUCAUGUGCCAAUGGGAUCUUACCUGGAGUGAAGACCUGCCCACCUGUCAGAAGGUGACUUCAUGCCAUGACCCCGGGGACGUGGAUCAUAGCCGCCGGCUCAUCUCCAGCCCCAAGUUUCCGGUGGGUGCCACCGUGCAGUAUAUCUGUGACAAGGGUUACGUGCUGACAGGCAGUGCCAUCCUCAGCUGCCAUGAUCGCCAGGCAGGCAGCCCCAAGUGGAGUGACCGAGCCCCCAAAUGCCUCCUGGAACAGUACAAGCCAUGUCACGGUCCUGGGACCCCCGAAAAUGGUGUCCGCAGCCCUGAGAAGCGGCUGUACCCACCAGGUGCCACCCUCCACUUCUCCUGUGCCCCUGGUUACGUGCUGCAGGGAGAGGCCAGCAUCAAGUGCGUGCCCGGACAUCCUUCACAGUGGAGUGACCAUCCACCCACCUGCAAGGCUGCCUCUCUGGAGUUCUACAGCGGUCGCAGCUUGGACGUUGCCAAGGCCCCCACUACCACAAACUCUCUGGAUGCCGCUCACGUGGCAGCUGCCAUCUUCCUGCCUCUGGUGGCGAUGGCAUUGCUGAUGGGAGGCAUUUACCUCUACUUCUCUAGGGUCCAAGGGAAAAGUCCACUGCAGCUGCCCCUGGCUCAGCCCCGUCCCUAUGACCACAUCACCGUGGAAUCUGCUUUUGAUAAUCCUACUUAUGAGAUUGGAGAGACAAGGGAAUAUGAGGUCUCCAUUUAGGGAGAGGGGGCAGUCUGGGGGAGCCUACCCUGCCUGGCAUUACCAACUGGUCGGCAGCUUCCCUGACACUAUCUGCUGCCCUACCCACCUCCUGUACAUACCACCUGGAAAGAGACUCUACCCUAGCCCUUUCAGAGCUGCACCUUCCCCCACCUGCACUGUCCACCACCACCCAUCUGCCUGGGCACUUCUGCCUGCUCUGGGCCCACCUCUAAGCCUAUGAGGGCAUUUGCCUCUGGGCAAGCCAGGCUCAAGCACUAUCUGGUCCCUGGAAGAACAGCCUUCUGCCUCUCUCCCCAUCACCAGGUUUGGAUCUUGGGGACUGGGAAGUCAGAGCAUUUCCAUUCAGUCUCUAUGCUCUCAAACCACGAGCAAAUGAGCUACAGGUAGGCCAGGUGGGUGGCAGCAACCUCUCCCUGUGUUCUUCACAGGCAAAGAAUGGGGGCUGACCAAGAGGUAGGAAGGAGCCCACCCAGGUUUCAUGUCUGCAAUUAGCUCUGCCUUCUUAGGGGACGUCUAUUCUCUGGAUCUCCCUGGAAUGACCCCCCCACCUCAAUAAGCUUCCCCAAUCCCCCUCUCCUAUCCAAGGAGAGGACAACCACUCCUCUCUCCCAAAAGCCAGAAGGGUGGAAAGGAAUAAAUCCCAGGGACUCUAAGGGUUUGGGGAGUCCCACCCACCCAGGACUGGUUCUCCUGGGAAUUGUAAUCCAUACCAAAGGGGACAACCCUAUCCUUCCCUGGCCUGCCCCACCCUCUGAAGAGAUUGAGUGUGUGUGUGUGUGUGUGUGUGUGUGUGUGUGUGUGAAGGGGAUGAGGACAGGUGAUAUUUCCCCUGAUGUGCUGGUUUAUUAUAAACAUCCUUCUUUCCUAACCCAACCUUUCCCAACUCCAAAGAUUUAAUUUUCUCUUCCAUCCACCAAUAUUUUUUCUUUCCUUAUUUUUUUUUUGGGGGGGGAGGGAUAGAGGCAAAUAAAUCCAGGAGAUGGGCAGUCCAAAAGCCCAGAAAACUGGCACUGGAGGCAGAGGUCCAGCCUGCUCCAGUGGGGGACCCAAGGAACUGGUUGUAAGCCGCUUCGUACGUGUAAAGUGUAACAUAGGAUCUAGGGUCUGGGCUCCAGCCAGAGACCAAUCUUUCAUUUCUGUUGUUUCCUUAUUAAAAAG